AUGGAUUUUGCGCGAAGAAUCGGUAAGCCCGACGAGCCUCCAACCUGGAAAAGAAAUGGACCGUCAUUCGUAACGAGUAAAGAUAAACCUCUUUCCACGGAUGCGAAUUCGGAUCAUCGUCUCGUUAAUUGGAAGAAGUGGCUUGCAGAGCGCAAGAAACUGAGCCGUCGCAUUGAGUCUACCACCAGUCGUUCGCAAGUAGAUCAGUUACAGAGUUUCACAAACAGAUUUCGUGGUUUCGUCGAGAUGAAAGACCUGAUGGAACAUGCAGCCAUACUUAUGGUCUCUGAUAAAUAUCGCGGUGGACCGGAGUUUUGGCGAACACCUGAAUAUCUGCCGGAUCGUGAUGAUAUUUGUUUACCGCAAAUAUCGCUAGCCCCCACCAGAAAGGAUCGGAACCUCCUUCCAGAUUUAAUGCGCGUUGGAUUGCCGGAUUUAAUAACGAAGGAACAAAGUCUCACCGCGCUGAAAAGUAAGGAAGGCUCCUGGAAACGCAGUGAGUAUUUAAAGAGACGUAAAUACGAGUUGGCGGAGGAGAUCGUUUCGCUGCUGCCGAAGGAACCAGAAAUGACAACGUUGGCCAUACGAGGACGUACCUUUAGAAAGAAACAACCCCAACGGCGAAUUCCACCUAUAAUAAUUACAGAGUCCGACAAUGAAGAGGACUCUAGGACGCUGACAAAGUGUCACUCCGAAGAGGCCGAUCAUGCAGUAAUUCUAAAGAUCGAAGAUUGGGAAUUUACCUGGGAAAGAUCCCUCUCUAAGACACAGCCAGUAAACACCGAUCCCACUACUUGGUCCCUGACUUUUGUAAGCAAGAUCGAUGAGCCAGCCGAAAAAGAAAUUGUCCUGGAGAACAAAGGAACCCGCGUUAUCGCGUACCAUUGGCGAGACUCGUCUUUUCAGUCAAGUAACAUGAUCUUUGAGAAACGCGACAGUUUGUUCUUUUUUAACAAGACGAAAGGCCUCGUUCUCCUCGGACAGACGGUAAGAAUGAAGGUCUGGUAUCUAUCCAGAAACCGCGGAAUUUUCACCGAAUCUUGGCGACUCGUUACGAAACCAAAAUUGACUUCAUCGACAUUCGUAUUACGCUUCUGGGGCUGUACGAUCGACGCGCGUUUCGCUCAGCUAGCAGACCAUCGAGCGAUCGACGAGUAUCUGGAUCACUGCGUACGUGAUUCAGCGAUACGCACAAUCAUCGAGAAAAUUGUGAGCAACUCCAAGUGGAGCGAUCUGCUGGAGCCGGCUUAUGAAACGCUGCUUUCGCGAGAUGAUCUCUUCAGUUCUCAAAAUUGCUCCCAUUAUUAUUAUCCUAGUAUCGUGACGCAACUGCAGAAGAUAUACCGCGACCUUGCCAAUGAAAGUGCACAACUUUGGAACUCGUCGCUAGAUACUCUGCGAGAUAUUCUUCUACAAACAGAGGAUACGAAGUACAGACGAGACACGCUCGUUCGAUUCAAUGAUCUUUGCAAGGAAAGUCUCACGCCUGAUCAAACUCGGUACGAUAUCGUUCGUAGUAGCAAAUACGACGCUGCUUAUAAUAUCUUAUGCUGUUUCACGAAUCUUUUUAAGGAUAAAAGUGAAUUUGUGAAGAACAAUUUCUUGAUUCGAAGGGAUCAUGUCGUACCAAGAAUAACAAAUCGACAAAACUCUAUAAUUUCGUUGCAAAUGUUGGAGAAUAAAACGUCAGAAUACGGAACACAUACGGAAAAAUGAAUCGAUCAACAACCAGAAAUGCUAAUAGAGGAAGAAGAAGGAAGUUCCAACUUAAAUGUUCAACGUUACAGAGAGAUCUUUUUCACUCAUAUUUAUAAGGCUUUGGAAGACACAAUAGAAGGAAUUUGCGCUAGUAUUGAGUCGUAUAAACUCGACGAAUUAAAUGAGCGUAAGAUAUAAAUAUUAAGUAUAUUUGUCACACUCUAAAUCAUUUGUAAAAGAUUAAAAAUUGUAAAGAUCUAAAUUUGUUUAUCUAUCCUAAAAGAAAAUAUUACAUAACGAAAGAAAUAUCUUUUCUUUUUUCUUUCGAAGAACGGCUAAAAGUAUAUGUCGUUCUCAUAAAAGUUGAAUGUUCCUCAAAAGUGAUUAUAUACAUUUAACAAUUUAUUUAAUCUUUUUACUUUUUUAUUGAAUGUCCCUCAAAAUUGAUUAUAUAAAUUCACCAUUUGUUUUUGUUUUUUUUUUUUCAAUUUUUAAUUUGUUAAAAAUCUAAAAUAUAGUUUAUUGUAUGAGGUUUACGCAGUGAAAAGACGCAGGUUUGCAGUUAGCACUUUAUAUGUAUAACCUUUAUUAAUUAAUUAAUAUAUAUAGAUAAGAACGAGUUUAAGGCGCGAUCGAACAAACGUCUGCUCGCGGCGAGGAUCGAUCGGACGAAGAAGAAGGAUCCAUCGCGUUAACGACUCGAUUGAUCGCGAUUAUCUCUCGCGAGAUGGCAGAUCCAAUGUUGAUUGCGGCGGAAGUAUAUUCUAUUCGUAGCGCGCCGGUCGGGAGUCUAACCAAUUUUGAAUAAAUUCGAGAUGACAUAUUCUAAUUUUCGCGACACUCCCGCUUGAUCUCGAAUCACUGAAAAGAAAGAAAAAGUUAUUUUCAAUCAAAUCAAACGAAACAAAAAUUGACUACAUAUCGUGCGAAUAGGACUUAACAAUCUCAGCCCCAUUCCUUGGUUGGAAAAACUAUUCUUGAUCGGAACUAUCGCUUUUGUCAGUGAAUCCGCGAUCAUUUAAUUUGUUGUACCAACGUACUCUAAAUCUCUGACAUUUUCCAUAAUUUUCUCGCGGACAAAAUGAUACUUGGUAUCUAUGUGCUUUGAUCUCGCACUAUGGGCACUGUUACACGCAAGUUUAAUCGCACUCUGAUUGUCACAAUAAAUCGAUGUGGCAUCUGCGACUGUCUUUGGUAUCGUCUCACUCAACAACACGCGUAGCCACAUGGCCUCCUGCACUGCCG